UAUCGCAAACGAAUUUUUAACUGACCCUAGCGUCAUUAUGUUGGAUGAGCCUACUUCUGGAUUAGACUCUUCGUUAGCUUUAGAGCUUGUACAAAUUCUAAAAGAAUUUGCUAAAAAACAAGGAAAAACGAUUAUAAUGGUUAUUCAUCAACCAUCUUCGCAAGUUUUUGAACUAUUUGACAAACUGUUAUUAAUGGCUGAUGGAAGA